AUGAAUGAUUACAGCUUCAUCCAUCAAUGCCCCAUGAACUCUCUUGAUCAUCAAUUCAUGGAGCACGGAUACAGCACUGCAACCACUAAUUCAUCAUCUUCUUCCUCCCAACUUCUUUCUUUCGCCGAUUCGCUCUCGUCGGCCGCCGAUCCUCUGCAGUUCUACAAAAAUAACUGCGCAGCAAAAGCUGGCCAAGAGGAUCAAAGGAUUACGACAAUGGGUAGAACCCCGUCGCUUGCUCAAGAACAUGUAAUGGCAGAGAGAAGACGGAGAGAAAAGCUAAGCCAGCGGUUCAUAGCUCUCUCAGCUCUCGUUCCUGGCUUAAAGAAGAUGGACAAAGCUUCUGUGCUUGGAGAUGCCAUCAAGUACUUAAAACAUCUUCAAGAACGCGUGAAAUCCCUCGAGGAGCAAACUGAAAACAAAACCCUAGAGUCAGUUGUUUUAGUGAAACGGACUCAAAUUUCAGAAGAUAAUGACACUUCUUCUAUUGAUGAGAACUUUGAUGGCAGUUCUAAUGUGAUGCUACCGGAAAUUGAAGCAAGAGUUCAAAUAAGGAUGUGCUCAUUAGAAUUCAUUGCGAACAACAAAAAGGAUUUGUCAUGA